ACAGCAACGAGAUUUCGCACAGACGCUGGAGGUCGACAUCUCUCUGCUAUGACUUGUGGCUCAAGCGAUCCCAAGGACUUCCACUAUCGUUGGAAAUCUGGUGCUGCCCUGAUGACUUGAACACCAUAUCACGAGGCGUCCUACAGCCUUAUAUCAAUCAAAUUUCGUCUCUCUCUAUCCGUUUUUUCCCCUCAGACCAAGACAUCCUGGCCUGAACUUAUGUUCGUAAAUUUCUCAGCACUUCAGGAGCUGACCAUAUGUGCAUACGAUCAUUCUGAAAUGCUGGGCAUUGCAACAUCUGUGUCGCAAUUGCCGAUCAUCACGCGCAAUCUCAAGAUCACUUUUCCGGUGCUCACUCUCUACCACUUUUCUAUUUUCGCUCCACUAUUGGCACACCUGACGAACAUCGAGGUCGCUAUAGAUCAGAUGGAUGCAGUCCCCGACAUGCUUCGUCUGUGUCCCGACCUCUCCUCGUUGACCAUUCUUACAGACGUCGAGCAGCGAGCACAAGACUGCAGACCAUUCACACACACCAAUCUUCGAUCCUUUCGCGUCGCUCAUGACCUCAGCAUCACGGAACAAUUAUCUCACCUGUUCGACGUUCUGACACUUCCAAAUCUCCACAUGUUUGAAGCUCGCUAUAUCCAACCAGCGCAAAUACAUGCCCUGUUUGAUGUUCUCGAUUCUCUCCCGCCCCUUGAGUUGUGCGAACUUGAUGUUUGCUUACAACCGUGGCCUCACGAGGAGAUGAGGGCGAUGCUCGCACGGUCAAACUGUUCCUUGAAGAGUCUGGUCUUCAGCGGUGGAGUGAUGGCGACAGAUGAACAACGAGCGGAAUAUGUUGCCUUGAUUCCUUCCCUCAAAGUAGUUGUUUCCUCUGCGGCAAGAUAACUUUGCAGUAAGAAGAAUUUCUCGGACUCGUGCAAAAGGUUAUCUGAUACGUAUAAUCAUACGCUACCAGUUGAAGCUCGUAGUUUUUUUUGUCUGCUAUUCAUCUGUGGAGGUCAGUCUGUGUAACGCUCGUCAAAGCAAUAUUCUCUUCGUCACAGCUGUUUCAAAGUCUCAUUUAUCUUUUCCAUCUCUGUCGUCCUUUACCCUACAGUAUAUAAACCGAUGUAUAUCUACUUGUAGGGCAGUUGACCGUUUC